AUGAAAAACUCGGGCUUGGCGAAAAACCGACAUCUCCAGCUGUGGAACUUGACCUCAAAUGUAGCUAGGCCCAACCCUCAAGUCAACGGCAUUUCCCACAUCAAUCCCGAUACCCGUUUGAAGCUUGCAUAUUGUUACAACAAUUCCGGAGUUUUCAGUGACAACUUCAUCCAGAGCUCGCCACCUGGCUGUAGGCCCAGCCUUGGAACUUAUGUGUUGGGAGCCUCACUCCAUGACUUCAUCGAGGUCGUCUUCCAGAACAACGAGUACACGAUCCAGUCGUGGUGUCUCGACGGUUAUGAUUUCUGGGUUGUUGGAUUUGGGAAUGGCCAGUGGAUGCAGGUUAGCAGGCAAACGUACAAUCUUGAUGAUGCUUUGACCAGACACACCACACAACACAGGUAUAUCCAAAAUCAUGGAUUGCCAUAUAUUAGUCUCUUUGGACAAUCAGUGCAUGUAGAAUCUGAGGUCGGCAAUGUGGAGAAGGCGCAAUAUCUCGGGCAACAGUUAUAUCUGAGGGUUUACAACGCAACACCAUCUUUUGCGAAUGAUACCUUGCACUGCUUGAGUUUGUGUGGGUCAAGCUUCUGGAGAAGAACAAGUCUACUACUGUGGAGGAGCUUGCUUGCUGAGGUGAUUUUUGGUACCACAGAACCGCUUGAGAGUUAUUCUGCUCAUAUGUUACUUACAAAUGAUGAAGUGUACUUCACUACUCUGGAGACCGAAGGUUCAUAUUCUGUUUAUGGGCCUAGAUCAGCUGCUCAGGUUGAAGAGCUCACAAAAAGAAGGCGUGCCAAAGAAGUUGCAAAAAAGAAGUUAGAAGAGUUGGUUAACUUACUGAAAUCUGCCAGGGAUAUAUCUCUGCAUGCAAAACCCCUAAAAUCCACAUGGACUUCUGGAGAAAGUACGGAAGACGAUUGA